UGAUGAUCCGAUAACCAUAUAUUCCCACACGCAAGUUUGUUUUGUAACGAGAACGUAAAAAGACGAAGAAGAAGGGACAGUAUGGUAGAUCCAACGAUCCAUAACACGACGACGUAUCUCGAAGAGAUAGCAAAAGGAAACGGGCAAACCGAGUUCGAGAUUUUAAUCUUGAAAGGCUUAGAACUCAUCCAUGUCGGGAAAGGGAUCUUACGUUGUAAAUUACUUGUCACAGAUCAUGUCGUGGGAGAAGAUGGAAGUUGGAAUGCGGGAGUGAUUACGGCGGUGAUGGACUCGAUCGGAGCGUCAGCUGUGUACUCCUCCGGCGGCGGACUCCAUAUCUCUGUUGAUCUCAACUCUUCGUUUUAUUCAACGGCCAAGAUUCACGAAACGGUAGAGAUAGAAGCAAGAGUGAAUGGAAGCAAUGGAGGAUUAAAAUCAGCUGUGAUUGAGAUUAGAAGAGAAACAAGUGGAGAAAUUAUAGCCACAGGAAGAUUGUGGAUGGCUCCACUUAGCGUCAAAGCCAUACAAAAUGUUUCUACUCUUAGUAAGCUUUGAUUUUUUCUUAAUUUAAGUGAUUCAAUUUCCCAAAGUCAAAAACACCACAAAUCACCAUUUUGAAAAUUUGAUUCUCUUCAAUCAAAUAUCAUACACACAAUGUUUUUUUUUUUUUUGUAAUAAUUAAAUAAACACACGACCCAUUAAUUAACAUCAACCUCUACAUCCUAA